GCAAGUGCCCAUUGGAUUUGUUGUUAUAAAAACAGCACCUUGAAAAAUUGGUGAGAGAGCAAAGCAUUUGCAUGACUUCUUCUCUCUCUUCUCUACUUCUCUUCUGGACCUGACUCACUGACCUGUGCUUUGCUUAUAAACAAGGGCAGAGACAGAGAGAGAGAAGCAUUGGAGUUUGCUCAAUUUGGGUUUGACAUAAUCGCCCACAUUCAUUCAAUUUUCUUCUUUCUUUAAAGGCUCGAGCUUUGGAGCCUCCGAAGAGAGAAGGGUCUCUCUCUGUGUCUCCGCCAAUUCAAUUCAUGGGUUUCGUCUACUGCUGUCAUUGCAUGCUUCUCUUUCUCAUUUAUUAGCUCAAAGAUCUCACCUUUCCAAUCUCUCCGCCCUUUCAAUCGUUCUGGGUCUUCUGCGUUUUCAGAGCGUUGUGUAAAUGGCCAAUGCAUCUGGGUUCUUUACUACUCCUUCAGUUCCCAGCCUGAGGAGGAAGGUUCAGCCUUCAUUAGCCAUUUUUGGAUCUGGGUUUCGCUCCCCUGAGGGAUUCUCCAGGAGGGUAGUGUUCUGCUCCAGCGUUGAGAAGCAAGCUGGAGCUUCCUCCUCUACUGAAUCUAGAGCACCCAGGCUUGUCAGUAAAGGCUGCAAAUUAGUUGGGUGUGGCUCGGCAGUACCCAGUCUUAAUAUUUCAAAUGACGAGCUUUCAAAAAUAGUAGACACUAACGAUGAAUGGAUAUCUGUUCGUACUGGGAUUCGUAAUCGACGAGUUAUUUCAGGCAAAGAAAGCCUAACCUUAUUAGCAGCGGAGGCAGCAAAGAAAGCUCUUGAGAUGGCACAGGUUGAUGCUGAUGAUGUAGACCUAAUCUUGAUGUGCACCUCUACACCUGAUGAUCUUUUUGGCGGUGCUCCUCAGGUUCAAAAAGCACUUGGCUGCAAAAAGAACCCCUUGUCCUAUGAUAUAACAGCUGCCUGUAGUGGAUUCGUAUUGGGUUUAGUAUCAGCUGCUUGUCACAUUAGGGGAGGCGGAUUCAAAAAUGUUCUAGUUAUCGGGGCUGAUGCUCUUUCUCGGUUUGUUGACUGGUCUGACAGAGGAACCUGUAUUCUCUUUGGGGAUGCUGCCGGGGCUGUUUUAGUACAGGCCUCUGACAUUGAGGAGGAUUUCUUACUUGGUUUUGAUGUUCAUAGUGAUGGUGACGGAAGCAGACAUCUAAAUGCUACAUUCAAAGGAAAUGAAACAGAUAGUGAAUUGGGUUCUAAUGGUUCAGUCUUAGACUUCCCUCCAAGACGAUCUUCAUAUUCUUGUGUUCAAAUGAAUGGAAAAGAAGUCUUUCGGUUUGCAUGUCGAAGUGUGCCACAAUCGAUUGAGAAUUCGCUUGCAAAUGCUGGUAUCCCUGCAUCUAGCAUUGAUUGGUUACUGCUCCAUCAGGCAAACCAGAGGAUUCUUGAUGCAGUUUCUAGUCGCUUGGAUAUCCCAUCAGAACAGGUUAUAUCAAAUUUGGCGAACUAUGGUAACACAAGUGCCGCUUCGAUUCCUUUGGCCUUAGAUGAAUCUGUAAGAAGUGGCAAGGUGAAACCAGGCCAUACAAUAGCAGCUGCAGGCUUCGGAGCAGGUCUCACGUGGGGUUCGGCUAUUCUAAGAUGGGGCUGAAAACCUCAUCCUAGUGCCAAGAUAGAAGAGUAUAUGCUAUGAAGCGCAGUUUUGAAAUUCUUGCUUCACAUUUCUCGUGUAUCAUCAUCAUCAUCAAAUGAACAAACCUCAGCCCCCUUUUGUUUGUUUGCCUUUUUCUUACUUGGUAGCUUUGACACCUUCAAUAAGAUUUGUAUUCUUUUCCUCCGGUCCAAUAAUGUAUUUGUUUCUUGAGUCACAAGCCAUAUGUAGAAUAACAAUUCUGGUACCAAAACUAAGACAGUUAUAUGUAUAUCUCAUUGUCUCUAUUGGACAUUUCCUUACAG